AUGCAGAAUGGAAGGAUUGAGGACUCCCAGAUAACGGCGGCUUCAACUGUCCCAGAUGCAAGUCUAUCAACAACACAAGGACGGUUGAAUGGCCGGUCAUCCUGGUCUGCAGAUAGAAAUGACCAGAACCAAUGGAUUCAAGUUGAUAUUGGCAGAGAAGGAGUUGUCACAGCGAUUGGCACGCAAGGUCGGCGUAAUUAUCCCCAAUGGGUGAAGACUUAUUCAUUGUUUUAUGGUUCCAAUGGAAGUGCGUUCGAGCCUCACAAAAUUGAUGAUGUUCUUAAGGUUAGAAAUAAUAAUUGUGGUUUUUGAACGUUGGCAAGGAAGGCUAAGGAAAGCCAAGGAAAACUACACGCAAGGAGAAAAUGUUCUUGAAUGAAAUAUUUCAUAUUUUCCAGAUCGCGCAAGCAGAAAAUUGUCCCCCCCCCAGUCGGAUUUCGAAUCCACGACUUUCGAGUUACUACACGAUACUCUACCAGGUCGCAUCGAAAACUGGAAACAAUGAACUCUACACUUAAUGUCGUAAUCAUACUCGUUUGUCCUUCCCCUGCUGAUAAUUUCAGCAAAUAUAGAAAAAAUAUUAUUCCGAAAAAGGAGUGCAUAAAAUUAACACACAAUUUAUAAAAAAACUGUAUAGUACUAUUAUGCACUCCUUAUUCGUAAUAACUUUUGUUCUAUACUCGUUUAUAUUAAUCAAUAUAAACGAGUAUGCUUAUGAUUUUCAGUAUAUAAUCUGAUUUGGCUUAAUUUUCGAAAGCCCUGGACCCGGCCGACUUCAUUAAUUAAAGUAAGAAACGAAGUUCUGGUCUGGUCUGGUCUGGUCUGGUCUGGUCGGUCUAGCAAUCUCAAUUAAAGCGCUGUUAGGCCUUAUAAAGUUUAUCUAGUGUUUUACGUAAUCAUAUUUUGUUUAGCAAAUCAUGAUUUGAUGACUUAGUUACUAACAAACUGGAAGACUUUAAAAUUUUGCGCAAGUUACUACCUUUUGUGUACUAUUUCAUGAACAGGUAUUCAGUGGAAAUAAUGACCAGCAGUCGAUCGUUACAAAUUCCUUUUCUUCUGCAAUAACUGCCCGUUAUAUUCGUAUUCAACCAAUCGAUUGGCAUGGUCAUAUAUCCAUGAGAUUUGAAGUGUAUGGCUGUUCUACAGGUAAAAGAUUCAACACUAUGUAUUGUUAUAUUUAUAGCUAGUGCUUAUUAUAAUGUGAUUUGCUAAUUUUUUUUGCCACUUUCAUGGCUUUAGACUAGGGUACCUGCAAGGUAGGGAUUGCUGCGGGCAUUAAAAGCAGAUAGAACUACAGUAAAUUUACAGCAAAAAUUAUAUCAAGCACAGUGAUUACUCGCAGCGACUAGUGGGCUGUGAAUGGAACUGAGAAGAAGCAAUAUAUAUUGAAGCACAGCUAAUAGACUGUGAUUGAAGUAGCAAAGACUAGGGGUUAACGGGCAAUCAGAGGUGACAGAUAUUAAACAUGUGCGUCUCAUUGACAUACAGGUAAAUUAAGAUCAGAUUUCAUAUCAAGUCUUCUACUGCUAGGCGCAUUUACCACAUUAUAUAAACUAUAUAGACAGAUUUAUCACACUAAGAAACGAAAACUUUAUAAAAAUAUAGAACUGACAUUGGCCAAAGUACAAAACAAAUGUAAGCGUAACAUUAGACUUGAAAAAGCUUUAGAAAUUCGAUAAAAAUUCGAAGACUCAAGCGAGUUUAAAAUUUGUGUUCUGCGCAUAGAAAGCGCGCACGACCACAAUUCCAUGCGCUAAAUAAAAUUAAGUUCAACACCCCCUCUCUGCACAUAUUAGGCUGCUGCUACGCUCGCUCGCUUCAGGCUCGCUCGCUCCGCAGCAAUAAACGCUGUAUAAAGACAAAUGAAUGCAUCUUGUCGGGCCGAAUAAGUGAAAAAUUGUUGCGCGUUGCGACCGGCUACGUAAAUAAAUGUAUAAAAUGAAAUGUCGAAGGUUUAUAAAAGUAACGUUUCUCCACUUUAAGAAAGAAAAACGGUGUUCACGCCUAUGGGCCUCGUCGCAAUGUUCGGUGACGACCAACCCACGCGCCUUCAAUACUUGUAUUUGGGGACUGUAUUUACCAACGGUUUUAUUUUCACGCUAAAAAGACAAAUAUUCAUAAACUUACAAAGCGAAAUAAUAACAGAAACACUAAAACAUAUAUAUUAACCUUACACAAUACAUAAAUGAUCGAAUAAGCUGAGACUGUCUAAAUUAAAAUAUUACGACUGUCGCAUGCACUGAAAUAAAUCAGUCAAAUUAUGCUCAUUUUUGCCGUUCAAAAACAGUCAAAUCUUCUUGGAUCAAGCCAACCAACAAAGCAAUACAAAAACGACAAUAAUGAUAAGUUUUCUCAAUCAAAAAGCGUCCAAAACAGCGUGCAAAACGACCAAAUUCUUUCAGAACAACUCAGUUCUCUCAAAACGUCGCGACAACGUUUGUUCUUGAGUCCGCAGCAUAAUGAACACGUACUUCAUAUAAAGUUUCUCAACGCCCGUCCAAACGAAUAGAAAGAUAUAUAAUGAAACUUUCGUUGGUAGGUCGAAAAUAGAGAAUUUGUAUUAUAACUACCCAAUAGCACACAGUUAAAAACAAAAGUGUUAUUAGAAGCUUAUUAAUUUUAUUCAGAAAUAGUUUCAAAGAAUAUUUCAACACACUACAGCAUGCUAGACGAAAUUUUGUGACGUUCUUUGCGUUUUGCAGAAAUUCAAAUUCGUCGGUUAAGUUACCGAAGAGACCAAUACGUGAAAAACACUGUCCACCUCCCAAGUAUAUGCUAAAUCACGAUGUAUACUGUUUUCUGGCACUCGAGCCCGAUUCUCUUUUUAUAUUCAAUAUUUUCACCAAUUCUCGUACUUUAAUAGACAAUUCCCAUUAUAAACUAAUUUUUAUCUUGGCAAAAAAGUAUAUUCCCAGAAAGAGCAUACUAAAAGUAAAAUUGCAAAGUUUGGUUGCGAAAUGUUGCAAGUUUUGUAUAUUUUGUAUUGCGUGCGAAAUUUGCUACCACAUUUGCAGGGCCGAAAAUGGUAGCAAUCCCCGCACGCAAUACAAAAGUAUACAAUAUUUACAAAUUUUGCAAGCUUAUAUUUUCCAUAUUUUACAACAUUUCGCAACUAGACUUUGCAAUAUUACUCAAUUUUAGUAUGCUCUUUCUAGCUGUGGUGACUUAUUCGCGCAUCUCCUUGCCUAGUCAGUCAAAAAUUAGUCUAUAAUAGUAAUUGUCUAUUAUUAUUUUAUCAUUGACCACUCUCCUUUCAUACUUUCUUGCGAAAAACUAGCUUUGGGAGGUACAAUAUACUUUGGUGGUAAUUGGCAUGAAGUUAUAAUACAUUUGUAACACGUGUAGGACCGUGCACGCUCGGUGAAGCGGCAUUUGGAAUGCAGAAUGGAAUGAUUCAAGACUCCCAGAUAACGGCUUCAAGUAUUCACCAUCCAACUUUAUCAACAAAAAAAGGACGGUUGAAUGGCGCGACGUCUUGGUCAGCCAAAUGGAGUAAUGUGAACGAAUGGAUUCAAGUUGAUCUUGGCAGAGAAGGGGUUGUCACAGCGAUUGCCACACAAGGUCGGGGAGAUAACUAUGGGCAAUGGGUGAUAACUUAUUCGGUGUCUUAUGGUUCCAAUGGAAAUGCUCCUGAGCCUUACGAAAUUAAUGGUGUUGUUGAG